UCGACCGACAUGGCCCUGAGAGAUUGCUGUAAAGAAGACUCUGCCGUGCCGGCAGAUGACAGGAGGUGUCCCCGAAUACUCGGCGAGUCAAAAUCUCAGUCCACCUCCCGAGUACCCGUCAGAAUGGUUUGCAGCGCAUCCGGGAUCGAAGCCGAUCGUUCUCGUGAAGCGCUGCUUCGCAUCGGAGGAGCAUCUCGCGAAAGCCGUGUCAGAGAGGCUGGCUGCCGGCAACUUGCCCGUCGAGUACGUCGUCCAGUUCAUGCACGUCGAAGGGGCAAAGAUCAAGGACACGCUGACGGAAGACUGGGAGUCAUUCGGUGUGACCAUCGGCUCCGCAGGCGAAACAAUAUCGCCGUGGGACCUUCUGAGCAUCACGGAGCAGGCGGGACCGGAUUACCUCAUCAAUACAGAAACGACGGACGUUGACAACUUGCCCGAUCGUACUGGUCUCUUUGCUCUUUUAGUGUGUAUCUACCGCCUUCUCGUAGCCAGGUGCCUCGGGGGAAGGCGAGAUUACAUACAGCGCUUGCGGGACGAUAACCUAAAACGCAUCCUGAGGACAUUUCGCUGCAGCAGUCAGUAUUUGGAGCGCGCCGAGCGGGAAUUCGGCCACUGGAUUAGGGAUAGGUCCUACCUAUCGCUGGUCGCUGCCUUGGACAUGUUCCUCAACCGUUUUGGUCAUCACGAUAUGGCAGUCUUGAGGGCCGGUUCACACGUGUCCAGAUACAAGCACUGUGCGGUCCUCGACGACAUCGCACGCCUGUGCAAAGCGACCGGACUAAAACCUUCAGAGUUGUUCCAGUGGGUUUUUCUGGAGCGUGCUGCGGAGGAAUUGAAUGUGAUCUUCGCAAAAGGCCAAGAGCUGUUCCAGGAGCAAUCUUACGCACCGUACUUGAGUGACCUCGGACUCUCUCGUCGUUCGCCGUACUCGGCGACAGCGAACCCCUCGAUUCAUUACUGGUGCAACGCCGCGGCCUCACUGAUGGGCAUAACUCAAUCUCAGAAGGCGAGAAUCACGCACGACGGUGACCUCUCGGGCGCGACCGUCAGCGCUAUGGUGUUCGCUUACGCCAGCAUGAAGUGCCGUUUGCGAUGCAGGAUUCUUCCGAAAUCGGACAUCUUAGUGCGUGAAAUGGUAGCCGAAGGAAAUGCUCCCAGAGACACCGGGCAAAUGCCCGAAGCGUUCGAGGCUGCGCAAUGGUACCAGUACCUAACGGAGAAGUCGUUCGUUGUCGACCCAGAAAUUUCAAAAUACUGCCUCUCCAAGCUUCGUGCUGAUGUGCGUGAUGGCUCGGUGGGAGCCAAAUUGGCCGAACUUAUUCCGAAGUAAAGCUUGAAAGUGGCUUUUAGGUUUAUUUUUCGACGAAGGACACCCGUUGACCCUACUUCAAUGUAAUCUAUGAAGGCGCAUUCC